AUGAGUUAUAGCUUCCCAAAUUUUGCUAAUACUAACCACCACCAGCAGCACAGCAACAACAACAACAACAACAACAAUAAUAAUAAUAAUAACUAUGUAGAAAAUUGGAUUGAUAAUAAUUUGACUCUUAACAAUAAUAUUUACUUACAAGAAUCCAAAACAAGGCCUGUUUCAUCAAUUUCCUCAGUCUCAAAUGGUAUAUCAGUAUUGAAAGAUAUGACAAAUAUGUCAAAUGGAGGAUCUGAAUACGGUUCAAUGAGAAGAAAAUUAAAACAAUAUAAUUUUAAAGAAGAAGAGACUACACAGAUAAAUAAUAUCCAGGUAAAUAGAGGACAAAAUUUUGUAGAAUUUACAGAUAAGUUACAAACCUGUAAGCACAAUUUUGUUGGUGAUGAAGAAGAAAAAAGUAAGCAAUUGGUAUUUCUACCUAGAGGAUACCAACACCAUCAAAUGAGAAAAUGGAUGAAGAAAAGGUAUAUCCAAGAAGGUUUUGAUUUAAAAAAAAACUAUCAAUGUCCCCCUUCUCCCUGUAUAUAUAACAAAACAUCAGAAAAUUUAAAUUAUCAACAAGAGAUGAACUUUAUUUCAUAUAGAUUUAUGCGUUGCUUAACAACCAGGAUAAAUGAUUCUGAUAAGACAAAAGUUGAAAAAGAAGUCCUAUGUAGAUUCUGUCAUGGAAUUAAUUGGAUCGGUUGUGAGAAUUAUUUCAAGCAUCUUUUUUAUGCACAUGGAAUAAUGACAGAAAUUAAUCACAAUGACUUCCAAUGGGGUUUGAAAACUUAUAGUAAUAUAAUUAAAAUGGACACACUUAGAUUAAAGGGAUUUUUUACUGCCUAUAAUCAAUCUUUAAAAAUAAAAGAAUUUUCAAGAAAUAUUUUACCAUAUUUUUCAGUGUCAUUAAUUCCACAACCAUCGAAAUUCUAUUCAAACACUGUUAACGGAGGAUUCAAAAGAAUUCAUGUAUUAUGCCCAAAUUGUUCAACAUGGAUUAGAUUAGGGUGGUGCGAACACGAUGAGAUCAUUAAAGAAGAAGAAAUAGAGUUAAAUAAUAUCGAUACAAUUAGAAAUUUAAAUACUGACUACAACGUAUUAUCGUCAGCAUCAUCAUUUAUCCAAAAUAGAGACAGAAAAUUAAUUGAAGGCAUUUACGAAAAUUAUUUUUCACAUUAUAUUGAGUGUGAUUUUGAUUGGUUCCAAAAUCGUUGCUUGUAUGUUCAAAUAGAAUUACAGGACUGA